GCUCACGCUGGCUGUGCUGGCGAUCGCGGCGUCCGCUGCGCGAGAGUUGCGCGUGCUGCAGGCGGACGCGCGCACCGCGUUCUACUUGGCGAUCGCCGCACCGCCUUCAGCCGCCACCGUCGUGCGCGCCUUCAAUCGCACCCUCAGCGAGUUAUCGAGAACCUACCUCGCAGGCGACUAUCCACUGCACCUGCGCAAUAUCACGCUACUGCCAUUGUACAUCGAGCUACCAGAAGAUGAAAGAUUUAGUACGCGGGUGUUGGAGCAAACGUGCGCGGCGUUCGACGGUCGUCGGGUGGCGGCGCUAUUGGUCUGCGGUGGUGGUUCCGCCGCCGCCGCCAUGGUGGCGACCGCUGCCCGUGCUGGAGUACCCGUGCUACGCGCGUCGUCUUCUCACUUGCAUCUCUCCUAUACCAUUGCUAAUGAACUGUUGCCUUUGGAGGUUCGAUUGGAGAUAACCGCACGAGAAACAUUGCAUGCACUUAGAGCCACGCUCCUGCACACACAUUGGCAUUCAUUUACUUUACUCGCCGAGGAAGAUAUAUAUUUAACGUUAUCUCUAAGGAAGGAUCUGUCUUCAAUUCUUACAACUCAACCGCUUAAUCCUAAAUGGCUUUCACUUCCUACCAAGUACACUCGCCGUGCUGUUUUCAGACGUCUUGCUGAGGUCUCAAGGCUAACGCGAGGUGUCGUCGUCUUGAUAUGCGAUAUACAUUACACGAAGCUUGUGAUGGAUGAAGCAAAGCGCCUUAACAUGCUCGAUGGACAUUUUUUUUGGAUAUGGAUCGACGCUUCUAGCGAGUUUGAUGUCUUCCACAACAUCGGCAACCGAACGAAUGUCGCGGACGAAAAUGAGCACGACGUAGAAAAGCUUAGACAUAAGAAAGAAGCAUUAAAGGGAGUUGAAUUGGAACGCAAAAAACGAGAUGCAGACAAUAAUUUGAUAGAGAAUGUUGAACUUCCUAAAGUCGAGAGGGAAUAUAGCGAGAUUUUAAAUAAUUAUAUUAUUAAAGAAAAUAGUUCUUCUGUAAGAAAUGUAUCGAAAAAUUUGAUUUUUCGUCGUGGUAGUAGAAAUAUAAAUAAAUAUGAAACGCACAUAAAUAACAAAUUAUUAUAUGUAAAUUUUAGUCAGUCGUAUAAUAGUAGUCGCAAUAUUAGUGAAGAAAGAAUAAGAGAUUAUAGUAUAAAUAAUAAAGGCGUUGAAACUUCUAAAAUCGAAAUCAAUUCAAUAGAGAAGGAAAAUAAGUCCUUCCUUGAUAGAAAUAAGAGUAGGCGUACUAGCUCUAGUAAAUUAAAAAAUGAAUCUUUUAAUAAGUAUGUAAAUAGUAUAAAUAUAAAUGAAUUGUAUGAAACUAAGAAUGUAAUAUUUGAUGAAAAAGUUGUAAGUAAUAUUGAUAAUACAGACCUAAGAGAUAGUGUAUUGUUUUCAAGUGAUAUUAGUGAUUUCAUAAUGAAUCCCACGGUGCAUACUUCUACAAUGAAUAACGUUAGACAUAGCGAAGAGACAUAUAAAUAUCGAAUGGAACAAGAUGACGAACCGAGGAAAGAAGAUAGUAAUAAUAUCACUGAGAUAUUUAAUUCACUACCGAUCGGUUUACUGGCAUUACAUCCUCAGCCGAUGAAAAUUGAUGAUACAUUCGCACGUGCCGCUGUUCAAAUGAUGGUUGGUGCGCUCCGGCGAGUUCUUCGCGCUUGCGAUGCUUGGUCUGCUCAAGCGCAAUUUUUUAGUGACGCUGCGGCAUCAUGUUGGGAUGAACCUAGUGAUGCUGCGUCAGAUUUUUCUAUGGAAUUUGUUAGAGAAAUGCGUCUAUCUUCAGCCGCAGCAUUAGCUGGUGGCCCAGAACAAGUCUUAACAGCAUCUUUUGCAUUUUUAAAUUUAAUAUCAAAUCCUGUAGGGGGUAACUUAUGGAGACAAGUUGGUAGUGUUUUUGGUCGCGCUGUCAAACUUCAUACAAUUGUCUGGCCUGGAGGUCGACUUGUCGCCCAUGGUCAAUCUUCUGGUGCGCGUACUAUUUUUCGAAUAGUCACAGCCUUAGCUCCCCCUUUUGUAAUGGAGGGUGAACUUGACGAAGAUGGUCAAUGUCUACGAGGAUUACUUUGUCAUCGUCCGCAAACUUCAGAUCGUGAUAAUCUUACACUCGUUUUCAAUGUUUUGGAAAGGGAGAUCGAACAAGACGUAGAUGAUUUCUUUUUUCCGACUUCUACACCUACAUUUCUGAAAAUGGCUUCUCACUGCUGCUAUGGGUUUGCUAUGGAUCUAUUAGAAAACAUUGCUCAAGAACUAGAAUUUGAUUUCCAUUUAUAUAUUGUAGAAGAUGGCCUAUACGGUUCCAGAAAAUUGGUUAAGCCGUUUCGAAGGGUCUACGAAGAAAAAAAUUUAGACAAAGAAUUUUGGUCUAGUCAGGAAAACUAUUAUACAGAAAAUAUCGAUGGUUAUGAAAGAUUAGAUAGAUUCAAAAAUUCAGAUAGAAAAACAGUUUAUGAUAAUGAAAAUACACAAAGAAAGUCUGAAAAGUGGGAUGGCAUUGUUGGAGAUUUAGUUUCUGGAGCCGCUCAUAUGUCAUUUGCAGCCCUUAGCGUAUCAGCUGCUAGAGCAGAAGCUAUUGAUUUUAGUCAACCAUAUUUUUUUAGUGGAAUAUCUAUAUUAGCCGCACCAAAUCAAAGACCUGACAUACCUUUAUUGGCAUUUUUAUUACCUUUCUCGCCAGAACUUUGGAUCGCAAUAUUCACAUCACUCAAUGUUACUGCAAUUGCAGUAGCAAUAUAUGAAUGGCUAUCUCCAUUCGGCCUUAAUCCAUGGGGACGGCAAAGGUCAAAAAAUUUUAGUAUAUCCAGCGCUCUAUGGGUAAUGUGGGGUCUUUUGUGUGGACAUUUGGUUGCGUUUAAAGCACCUAAGAGCUGGCCUAAUAAGUUCCUCAUAAACGUGUGGGGUGGCUUUUCUGUGAUAUUUGUCGCCAGCUAUACUGCCAAUAUUGCUGCUCUUAUAGCCGGACUAUUUUUUCACAAUGCCGUUGAUGAUUAUCAAGGACGCAGUAAUUGGCUGUCUUUACGAGUAGGGACAGCCAGGUCUUCGGUGGCUGAAUAUUACGUUCAAAGAAAUAAUCCACAGCUGGCGCAACAAAUGCGUCGCUACGCCCUUCAGGACAUUGAGGAAGGAAUCCAACGGCUAAGGAAUGGAACUUUGGACCUUUUGAUAGCCGACACAACUGUUUUAGACUAUUAUCGUGCAACAGACCAUGGCUGUAAACUUCAACGAGUGGGAGACCACGCCUUAAUUAAAGAUACCUACGCAAUAGGCAUGGCUAAAGGCUUUCCCUUGAAGGACAGCAUAUCAGCUGUAAUAGCCAAGUACUCAUCAAAUGGAUACAUGGAUAUCUUAACAGAGAAGUGGUACGGAGCUCUGCCAUGCUUUAAGCUAAGCCCGGAUUAUGGAAUUCAACCGAAACCUCUCGGCGUAGCAGCGGUGGCGGGUGUAUUUAUUCUUCUGGGAGUGGGAAUGAUCGUUGGAUGUCUCAUAUUGAUUUUGGAGCACCUUUUUUAUAAAUACACCCUUCCCGUUUUACGUCAUCAGCCAAAAGGAACUAUAUGGAGGAGUAGAAAUGUAAUGUUUUUCAGCCAGAAACUGUAUCGAUUUAUUAACUGCGUGGAAUUAGUAUCCCCCCACCAUGCAGCACGAGAGUUAGUAAAUACAAUUCGUCAAGGACAUUUCACGUCAUUAUUCCAGAAAAGUGUGAAGAGGAAGGAACACGAGCAACGUAGAAGAAGAAAAAGUAAAGCUCAGUUUUUCGAAAUGAUUCAAGAAAUUAGAAGAGUACAACAAGGCCGUGAUCAUUCAUUGGAUUCGAUUAAAGAGAAUGUAGCAGUCGAAACGUCAGAAGUUUCGGAAGAAAUUACAGAGUCAAAGUUUCUAUCUCCGUCUCCAGAAGUUUCAAGUCGUUCACCGCGACAAAGUAGAUCGCCGCGUCAACUUCGUUCGCCAAGAAGUCGUAGAAAAAGAUGUAGUCUCGCCGGGCUGAAUGUUCGAAGAUUUAGUACUGAUUCUGUUUUAGAAUCAGAUUCUGCGUCUAUAUACGAAAAAACAAGUCUUAACAUCGGAAGAAGAUUGAGCCGUGAUGUUAGUUGCUUAACUAAUUCACCCCCAGAUAUUAAUAGCAGACUGCGAACGCCGUCUCCUAUGGUAAGAAGACCAGAGAGAUCUUCGACUAGAUCCUAUCAAGAUGUUUCGGAUUCGUCAGCCAACUACCUUACUAUAGAUGCUCCAAGUCAUCGAGCAAGCAUAGAAAUAAUGGUUUCCCAAGAAGGCGACAUUCCUCCGGCUCCACCAUAUCCUCGGGUUCCUCCUAUAAGUGCUAGAUCAGAACUGUCUCAACUGUCAGAAGAAGAACUUAUAAGAUUAUGGCGUAGUUCAGAAAGAGAAGUUAGGGAAGCUUUGUUAGCAGCAUUGCAAGAAAGGAGAGCAAGUCUUGAUCCGAAACAAGAUCCGGGAUGAAAAAACUAUUCAGAAGAUUGUCUGGAAAAAAAAUCUUUCGUAAAAAUAUCACUUCAUAAUCCUCAUAUCUGCUGGAGUCGUGAAUGAAAAGGAGUAUUAUCAGGUUGUUCGUUAUGGUCGAGCUGGUGCCUUUACAUUGUUUGAUGCGAAUGUUUAUCAGACGUAGUAAACCAGUGUUCAUUUGAGUGUCUUGCUGUUAUUGUAUUCGACGCUGCCUUAUUUGACGGUUUCAUUUAUAAAUUCGUGUCAAGCAGUUAUAAAGGUACGUAAUAGAUACUGAAUUUUGAGAUUUUUACGUCCAUAUAAUCUAUUUAAGGUACUAUAGUAAUUAUAAUUGGAUUAGACUCGAUUCAUUUAAGUGUUGAUAUAAAAUAAUUAUAGCUGUGACCAGGAAAUUUAAAGUGCUUUAUUCUAUUCCUAGUCUAGUCGGCGAUAGAAUUUUUCUUUUUCGUAGGUGAAUCAUUAUUGUAGUUAUUAAACAAAACCAUGUGUAUGUGAAAUUAUUGAUAUAAUCAUAUUUAGUCACAAGUGUGUUUGAGUAAAAGUAUUUGUGUGUUUAUAGGCAUGAUAUGCCAUUUAAUCAAUUCAAUUAGUAAGGAAUUAUAUUUAUUAUAAAUUUAUGAUUUCAUUUAAAUUUUAUUUCGAAAGAUAAAAUACUCAUCGCUGUAAUUUAUAUAUCUGAUGUUAUUUUCUUAUAAUUUUAACUACGCUAAGCUAGUGGCAACAAAAUUAUAUUUAGCAAAUUCUAUAUUUUUUUAAUAAAUGAAAAUAUGCUUUUUUAUUUACAACGUAAUGAGUUUCAAAAUAAAUAACGUUCCAAAUAUAAAUACUGAAAAGGAAUGGACUUGAUUUUGCACCAAAGCUAUAUAAAUAGACGCUAACUCGAGAAGAAUGUAUCGAAAUGUUCAUAUGAACUUAAGGUUAAAACUAUAAAAUAUUAUACUAUAACUUAAAGCAAAAAUACUGCCAACUUUUAUUUUUAUAGAUAGUUAAGAUAACACGAUUACUCCUAGACUUGCACCCUAGAUUUUAGUUUAGAUGUUUCCUCUUUCAAACUAAUUAUCCUACUUAUAGUUCAUUCAAGUUUUAACAUAAAAUUAUUUUAAGUAGUUCUAUGGUUCUCGAUGAAAUUGACAAGCAAUAUUUUUCAAAUAAAUGUUGUUAUAUUAACGCUAAAUAAUCCAUAUAUCUCUGA